CAAUUCUUUAUCAUCAUUCAUUGAUUUUCAUCUUCAAUUGCUUCAAUGAUUCAAGCUAUGGAUGUUCAUGAAGAUCAAGAUUUGGAUGGGCUACCAAAUGUACAAUCAUCAAGAUACCUAAACUCGGAUGCUCAUGAUGCCAAUAUUGAAGAUGGUAAUCCGGCUAAUUGGAUUGGAAAAGACUUUGAUGACCAAGAUUAUGGAGAAGAUUCAAAAGAAGAUUAUAUAGAAGAAACACCGGCAUGGAAUGUUAUACCAAGUGAUGAAUCAAACCUAGAAGAGGAGCCACAAGAACAACAACCUUCAAAAAAGCAAAAAUUUGCAACCACACAAAAACAAAGACGACCAAAAAAACCAACACAAACAAAAAAACCACCACCACCACAAAAACGAACACAAGAAAAAUACCCAACAAAAACAAAACCCAAAAACAAAAAAAAGACUCAAAAGGAGUUAAGGGACCGGAUUAACCCAACCAGACGAGGUGAGGCUAGAGAUAAUUGUACCGCUCCUGUUUGGAAAUACUUCGAGAUCGAAUGGAUAAAGGAGGAUGAUGGAAUUGAAAGAAAGUGGGUCGAAUGUAAUUAUUGUUUACAUUUACUAGCCGCAGAUCCAAACCGGAAUGGGACAACUUCAAUAAACAAGCAUUUUAAUGGGUGCAAGUUAAAUCCAGACAACAUACCGAAACAAGUUGAUGACAAACAACAAAAGUUGUCAUUUACGAAAGCUCCUAAUGGUGAGGGUCAUGUAUACACAUGGAAACAUGAUGAUACUAGGAUCCAACUUGCCUUGCUAGGACUUUUCACCAUCGGGGAACUACCAUUUAAAUUCAUUGAAAACGAGGCAUUCAUAGAAUUUGUAAACGCCCUCAAUGGUAGGGUGAAAUUACCUUCAAGGCAUAAAAUUUCUCGUGAUGUUGUGUCAUUCUAUUUAAUGGAGAGGCAGAAGUUGUACAAACAUUUGGGCAACCCCAAAACAGCUAUUCACUUAACAACCGACACGUGGACAUCCUCGUGUCAAAAGAUAAAUUAUAUGGUUGUCACGGCCCACUUCAUUACUGAAGAUUUUGUCAUGCACAAAAGGGUAGUAAACUUUAGAGAUGUUGAUACUCACAAAACUGAAGACAUGGUCUGGGAGUUGCUAAUUUGCAUAAACGAGUGGGGGAUGAAGAAUGUCAUGACGAUGACCGUUGAUAAUGCCAAGACAAAUGACGCGGCAAUCAACAUUAUUGUGAAAGAACUAACGGGUAUUUACGAGAACGGCAAACAUUUUCACAUUAGGUGUAUGGCUCAUAUCAUAAACCUAGUUGUGAAAAUGGGGUUAAAACACGAAGUUUAUCAUGUAAAAAACCUACAAGAUACGGUGAAAUAUAUUAGAGUCUCCCCGCAACGGAUCAAGAUGUUUAAACAAACCAUGAAGGAUGCGGCUGUAGAAAGUCAAAGGUUUUUGUGCGGUGAAACUCCAAAAACGUGGAACUCUACCUUUGAAUUGCUAAGAUCAGCAUACGAUGUGAAAGACACAUUUAUCGAAUAUAGCCAUCAAGAUCCAAUGUUUCAGAAAACUGUGGAAAGGGUACCAUCACAUUCAGAUUUUGAGAUGAUUAAAAAUAUUAUGGAGUUCCUUGAGAAGUUUAAGAAGAAAACUGAAAAAGUUUCGUGUUCAACAAAGCCUAUCUUCCAUACGUAUACCCGGGAGAUCCUAGAUAUAAAGCAACAUCUUAGGAAACAUGAAACCAACCCGGAUUUUAUGUUUAUGGUACCAGAUAUGAAAGAUAAAUAUGACAAAUAUUGGGGUGACUAUAAUACUAUAAGUGAUUAUGUCUUCUUUGCGACAUUGUUAGAUCCUCUAUGCAAGUCAAAGUUUAUGAAAGUUGUUUUUACCCAAAUGCUUAAAGCCAAGAACAAAGAUAAAAAGAUGUCCGCUGAUGAGAUAGAAUCCAAAGCACGUGCAAAGGUUAUUGAUAGCGAAUGCAAAUUGGACACGUUUUUCAAGACAUACUUGGAAAGGUCAAACAUGACCUCAUCGUCUCAACAAGAAACUCCCGAAGAAGUUGUUAAUUUUAAUGACGAAAACGAAUUCUUUGGAAGCUAUAUGACUUCGGGAAGUUUCCCCUCGACUUCGUCAGAAAGUCAAUUGCAACGAUACUUAAACGAGGACCCAAUUGGAUUUGACAAAGGAUAUGAUAUCCUCACAUGGUGGAAAAAUAAUGCGGUGCGGUUCCCGAUCGUUGCUCGAAUGGCAAGAGAUUUUUUGGGGAUGCAAAUUUCCACCGUAUCAUCCGAAUCCACAUUCAGUAAUGGUCAUCGAGUAAUUACCGACUACCGUACUAAUUUCUCCGUUGUGAUUGUAGAGGCAUUGAUAUGCACUCAAGAUUGGAUAAGAAAGAGUAGCUUGCCUAUAUAUGACUACGACGAAGUGCACGACGUGUUCGCUGACGAUGACCUCGCUAUCGACAUUAUGGAUGCUAUACACAACUUGAAGCUAACGGGGAAGAGAUCGGGGAAUUAGUCAAAAUAUCAAAGAAAUGUUGGAAUCUACAUAUUAGACUUUUUUUUUUUUUUUUUUUUGAUGAAACUUGGAAGUAUAUUUUGAAUGUCGAAAGUGUAUUUUGAAUUUUGAUUGUUUGAAUGUUGGAUACUUAAUAACAUAAAUUUGACGACAUUCAUGUUUAAUUUGCUUGUAAUAAUUUAAAUAAAAUAUC